UCAAUUGAGUGUGAAGGCCCAGUCUCUCAGCAAUCAAUGAGAUAUGUUCGAACAUAUUGAAAUCUCGCUUGCCAAGUUGAAGCAAUUUGGAAGGAACUCAUAUCGUAAAAAUUUGGCCUCUCAUCAUGUGGCGCAAUAAGUGGUUAUUAUGUUGUUUGAUCCAAGUAACUCUUGGUUCUGACUCUGGGAAGAUUGCCAGUUCUGAUAUUCUAGCCCUGACGGACGAGUCUCAGGAUUUGCGUGAGAAACUGGCCAUUUUAAAAGGACAAGUGGACGAGAUGUUUGAAGAAAUCAAAAAUCAAAAUCACGCAGUUUUCAAGCAAGCCGACCAUAGCCGUAUCCUAUCGGGAAAAGUGUCCAACAUGUCCAAGGAGAUCAAGUUAUUGAAAGAAGAAAACUCGAUCCUCCGGGAUCAAUUCGAACUCCACGAGUUUAAGACUGGGAAACGAUUAAAAAAGGUCAAGCAAAAAUUGGAUAUCUUGGCCGAAGGACUCGUACAAUGUUGUCCAUCUUUCCUGGAGACUGAGCCAGUGCGACCAAAUCAUUUUCAAAAUCACGACCGUUCACAUUUGGUGGAACCUUCUUUACAUUCAAGGAAGAAAGGAAAAGAUAAAAAAGAACACAAAAGAAGGAGAAAAGAAGAAAGAAAAGAAAGGCGUAAAAAGAAGUACAGGAAAGAUGAAAGGCGCAACAACAUGAAGAGUCAAGUUUCACCACCAGGAAAUCCCAGAGCCAAUUUAGACCUGGAAUCUUUGCAUUUGCCUCCCCCACCAAAUAAGAACAGUAAUAAUGAUGAUCAUCACAAUGACCUGGGAUAUGGAGUGAUGGUUCAUGCAAGAGAGCCAGUUGACCAUUUACAAUACAACAAUCAGAACAAUCAAUAUGGACAUCAGUCGUAUGGCAAAGUCAACACUGAUCAAUACAUUGAUACAGAUGAGUCCAGUCAGAUCCUCAUCACUGGUGGAUCUAGCAACUCCUCUGAAUACUUUGAUGCCAACUCAAAUGGAUACUUGAGAUGUCCCAACCCUCCCUCUUAUCCCAUAAUGGUUGAGGGAGCCUUUGGCACCUUCAUUGAAGGUCACCCACUCAUUUGCGGAGGACGGUCAUCUGUUGAAGAUUACUACAAAAGCUGCUAUUUCUAUCAGAAUACUAACAACUCUUGGGUCAAAGCCAAGCCAAUGAUGGAGCCAAGAUUUCAGGCUUCUGUUGUAAUGAUAGAUUCCAAGCGAUGGUGGAUUACUUCUGGAUUCAGUGGAGAAAAAGUGUACAAUAAUACGGAAAUAUAUGAGACAGGUGUUGGCUUCCGAUCUGGACCCACAAUGCCAGCAGCCACAUUCCAGCAUUGUCUUGUGAAGGUCAACAGCUCUCACAUAUUUACUGUGGGUGGGUUUCCAUAUUCGAGGAACACUUGGCUCAUGGAUUUUGAAGCUGAACAAUGGACCAGACAGAGGCCAAUUAAUCAUCUAAGGAUCCUUACCAGGAUCAGAAUUUUCCACCGAGAUAUUUUCUGUCAAUGACAACAGAUGGCGUUCCGGAACAAAUUUACCUCAAGCGAUUAUCUAUGGCGUGUCUGUUUCAUUCAGGAACGCCAUGUUGAUCUUGGGAGGUCAUGAAAUGGGUGGAGACCUAGACGAACUGGACCUGGUCUAUCAGUACGACCCCAUGAAAGAGAUCUGGACGGUUUUAAAUCAGCGGCUCCGAAGUACUCGGACCUCAUUUGUGGCGAUCUCAUUGCCAAACUAUUACACAUGCAGCUCAUUUCCUCUACCCACAACUCCGACCCCAUACGGUUAUCAACCUGGAUCAAAAAUAUUCUUUUAAAUAAAAAUGGCGCAAAUUGA